UGGAAACUAAAGCGCUAGGCCAGCCGGGAUUGAGGCUUCGGGAUCCUGACUGGUCACCCUCCCGAAGACCCUUGCCCAAGGCUUCCCGGAGCGGCUACUUCCUGAACGAACCCGCGCAUCCUCCCGAGGGAAAAAGUUUUCCGUGGACACAGCCUAGCAGAAAGACGCAGCCUUUAUGCCUUGCCGAUUGCUGACCUACCGCCUUGAUGACAGCACCCUUGUGUGCCUUCCCGGUUCAGUUCCCAAAGCCCUCAGUCAGCGGCCUCUCACAGAUAACCAAAAGCCUGUAUAUCAGCAAUGGCGCAGCCGCCAAUAACAAGCUCAUGCUGUCUAGCAAUCAGAUCACCAUGGUCAUCAAUGUCUCAGUGGAGGUAGUGAACACCUUAUACGAGGAUAUCCAGUACAUGCAGGUACCUGUGGCUGACGCCCCUAACUCACCUCUCUGCGACUUCUUUGACCCUAUUGCUGACCACAUCCACAGUGUGGAGAUGAAGCAGGGCCGUACUCUGCUGCACUGUGCGGCCGGUGUGAGCCGCUCAGCCACCCUGUGCCUCGCCUACCUCAUGAAGUACCAUGCCAUGUCCCUGCUGGACGCCCACACAUGGACCAAGUCAUGCCGGCCCAUCAUCCGACCCAACAGUGGCUUUUGGGAGCAGCUCAUCCACUAUGAGUUUCAGUUGUUUGGCAAGAACACUGUGCACAUGAUCAGUUCCCCAAUGGGAAUGAUUCCUGACAUCUAUGAGAAGGAAGUCCGUUUGAUGAUCCCACUGUGAGCCAUCCCGCCAGCCGCAGCAUUGGGGUCAGAGGCCUUGGCUUGGAAGGCUGGAGCUUCAGACCAAGGCGCAGCCCUGAAACCUCCUCUUCAUGUGACCUGGAGCCCUGGGAGCAACACUGUCCUCAUCUGUCCAAUGACAGCCCUUUUCUCACAGAGUUGUGAAGAUUCAACAAUUUCUUGGCAUAGUGCCUGGCACGUGGUAUGUGCUUAGCUCAAACGGCCGCUCUCAUCAUGAAUGAGACUGUUUCACCCUGCUGGCCCCUGGUUGGCACUCUCAUCCUCAAAUGCCAUUUCUUCUAUCCGCGCACAGCCCUUUAUUGUUUAUAAAGUACUCUUCCAAAAAGUUACCCUGUGUGUUAAAAAAAAGGUUUAAGUCCUUUCAGACCCUACCUCAGAGAAGGCCUAGACUUAGAGCCUUUUGGGAGCGUCCAUCUUGUUUAAUCCACGUGCAACCAAAGGGUCCUGAAGCAAGAAGCACGAUCCCAGCUUCCCCCAAUCACUUCUAAACAGUGAUUCCAGCCUUGUUUAGAAUCACUAUGAAAACCUGCACCCCAGCUGACUGCUGGGAUCCAUAAGGGGGCAGUGUCAAAGGGACUAACAAGUGGACUCCAUCAGCAGGCACUGGAAUUCAGGAUCGCUCACACCCCCUCAGUGCUGAGGACCGAGCUCAAGACCAGCUCUUCUGAUCCAGAGGUUUUCGGCAAACAGCAUUUGAAACAAACAAAAGCAUGGCUGCUCUGUUUGCCACCAAACUGUGGCUCCAGAUUCCAGUGGAAGCCAAGUGCUUUUUCUUUUACAGCUGGGCGCCUGUAAUCCCAGCUACUCAGGCAGGAGAAUCGCUUGAACCUGGGAGGCGGAGGAUAUAGUAAGCCAAGAUUGUGCCAUUGUGCUCCAGCCCGGGCGACAAGAGUGAGACUCCAUCUCAAAAAG